UGACUCAUCUUUCUUAGUUUGCUUCUGAAAUUUUGGCUAAGGACUUGUGAUUUUUCAGUAUAAAAACUGUGCAUGUUCAGCCCUCUAAUCCCACAACACAAACAGAGAACAGCACUUUUUUUCUGUUGUUUGGAGUGAAGAUGACUGUCUUGAUUGAGCACCCUGAGUUUGGGAUCGAAGAAAAGGAACGUAGAACGGUUGCUGACAGCGAUGAAUUGGUUCUGGAUGAAGGAUUCGUAGUGCCUGCUAACAAUUCAUACGGAUAUUCUUUCAGGGAUUAUGAUGCUGAAAGCGAGAGAAAAGAGAGGGUAGAGGAACUCUACCGGCUCAGCCACAUCAACCAAACAUACGACUUUGUGAAGAGAAUGAGGGAGGCAUAUAGCUCGUUGGAUCGGGUUGAAAUGAGCAUUUGGGAAUGCUGCGAACUCCUGAAUGAGGUCGUGGACGAUAGUGAUCCCGACUUGGAUGCGCCUCAGAUUCAGCAUUUGUUGCAAAGCGCUGAGGCCGUUCGGAAAGACUAUCCUGAUCAAGAUUGGCUGCACUUGACGGCCCUCAUUCACGAUCUUGGGAAAGUUCUUCUUCUACCUAGCUUUGGAGGUCUCCCACAGUGGGCUGUUGUUGGUGACACAUUUCCUCUAGGUUGUGCGUUCGAUCCAUCUGUUGUUCAUUAUGAGCACUUCAAAAGCAACCCUGAUCACAACAAUCCAGCUUACAACACCAAGUUGGGAGUUUAUAAAGAGGGAUGUGGACUUGAAAACAUUUUGAUGUCGUGGGGGCACGACGACUACAUGUACUUGGUGGCUAAGGAAAAUAAGACGACUCUUCCAUCAGCUGCAUUGUUCAUUAUUCGGUAUCAUUCAUUUUAUGCAUUGCACACAUCAGGAGCAUACAAGUACCUAAUGAAUGAAGAGGAUGCUGAAAAUCUCAAGUGGCUGCAAAUAUUCAACAAAUAUGAUCUCUAUAGCAAAAGCACAAUCAGGGUAGAUGUUGACAAAGUGAAGCCAUACUAUACCUCCCUCAUUCAGAAGUACUUCCCUCCGAAGCUAAAAUGGUGAAAAAUUCGUACUAUCGUAAAGAAGAAAAACGAGUCGAAAAUGUUGGCCGGGAUGGCGAAUUAUUGUGUUCUUCUUAUGUGAAGCAAGUAUUGGUGUGUUUUCUUAUUGAUAUGGCGAUGUGAAUGAGGUUUUCAGUCUCCUAUACGAGUAGAGAUGCAUUUAUGUUUGUGUGAAUUAAUGAACUUUAUUUCUCUUGUAUUUGUGAAGAAGUAGUUGUUUAGCAAUGCUCAAAUAACUUAUAUAUAUUUUUUAAAGGGUAAAUGCUAUAUUUGGUUUCUUG